AUGACGAUUUCUGAUAUAUGUAGUACCGAUAAUAUGCCUCCAAUUAUCGAAAAAGAAUUUCUUUACCUUUUACAGUCAAACGAUGACAAACUUUCUGCUAUGAAUCACCAUUUUCUUAUCAAUGAUUAUAAUGGUAAAGAUUUUAUAUCAAACUUACCACCUGAUAUAAUUUAUGAAAUUCUAAAAUACUUCUCUCCUCAAGAAAUAUCAGUCAGAAUAGCUACGUUGUCUAAAAUUUUCUAUCAAUAUUCACAUAAUCCCUUAUUGUGGAAAGAUUUGAAUUUUGAACCAUUUACUAAUUUUUCAAUUGAAAAAUUACAAAGAAUAAUGUCAUUUUCUAUUUCAAAUGUUACAAAUUUCGAUGAAUCUGACACGAUAAAUGUAUUUAAUAAAGACAAUAAUAAUGAUAGAGUUAAUGGAAUAAGAUCAUUAAUAAUUUCUGGUAGAGAAAGCCUUGAUUUUUAUGAAAUUCUCACAUUAUCACCUUUUCUAUAUUCAUUAAAAUACUUGGAUGUUAGUUAUUGUUAUGGUAUUAAUGAAUCUUCUGUAGAAUUAUUACUUCAGAUCUGUCCUCAGUUAAAUACUUUAAUAGCAAAAUCAUGUAUAUCAAUGAAUGAACAAGCUUUUUGUUCACUUUCAGGAUUUAAAUUGCUCAAAAUUCUAAAGCUAAAUUAUGAUAGUAGUUUAACUGAUUUGGCUCUAACAACUAUGGCCACAUGGCUAACAAAUUUGGAAAAUUUAACUUUAAAAGGAAUCGCAAAUAUAAGUGAUUGGUAA